AGUGAAGCUAGCUGCCGGGAGAGAGAGAUCACAGCUGGGGCAAGAGAAUCUGAUAAUGGCGCUGUCUUCCUGAAUUGCUACUCCGCUAAGUCGGAGAGAGUGAAAACGGAGACACUGGAACCCAUGAAAGCUCAACUAUUGAUUCAGAUCUUCUCAUGCUUCGUAUUAGCCUCUGUUUGUUUUCUACAAACAACGCUCGCCGAUGGCGUAACCCCUGAGGAAGCGAAAGAACUUCGAGAUGAGGUUCGUGGGAUGUUUUAUCAUGCUUUUAAUGGAUAUAUGGAGCAUGCUUUUCCACUUGAUGAAUUAAGACCUCUUUCAUGUGGGGGAGAAGAUUCCCUUGGUGGUUAUGCCUUAACUUUGAUUGACUCGUUAGACAUGUUGGCUUUACUUGGUGACCAUGAACGCUUCACAAGUUCCAUUGAAUGGAUUGGUAAAAAUCUUCGGUUUGAUAUAAAUAAAACAGUUUCUGUUUUUGAAACCACUAUUCGGGUGCUUGGAGGCUUACUUUCUGCUCAUCUAAUUGCCAGUGAUUAUGCUACGGGUAUGAGAGUUCCAUCAUAUGACAAUCAGUUACUGAACUUGGCUGAAGAUCUUGGCAGGAGGUUGUUACCUGCAUUUGACACUCCCACAGGAAUUCCAUUUGGUUCAGUAAAUUUGUUACAUGGAGUUGAUAAACAUGAAAGCAAGAUAACUUCAACAGCUGGAGGUGGGACAUUGACUCUUGAAUUUGGAGUUCUGAGCCGUUUGACAAAUGAUCCCAUUUUUGAACAAGUGACUAAGAAUGCAGUGCGCGGACUUUGGGCCCAACGUUCAAGGCUUAAUCUAGUUGGUGCUCAUAUUAAUGUUUUUACUGGUGAAUGGACCCAGAAGGAUGCUGGGAUAGGAACUAGUAUUGAUUCUUUCUAUGAGUACCUGUUAAAGGCUUAUUUAUUAUUUGGAGAUGAGGAGUACUUGUAUAUAUUUCAAGAAGCUUAUGCUGCUGCCAUGCAUUAUCUUUACAAUGACCCUUGGUAUGUAGAAGUGAACAUGGAUUCUGCUGCUAUUGUCUGGCCAUUAUUUAAUAGUUUGCAGGCAUUCUGGCCUGGUCUCCAGGUUUUAGCUGGAGACAUUGAUCCUGCAAUUCGUACCCAUGCUGCCUUCUUUAGUGUAUGGAGAAGAUAUGGUUUUACACCAGAGGGUUUUAAUCUUGCUACCCUCAGUGUUCAGCAUGGGCAGAAAAGCUACCCUCUGCGGCCAGAAUUAAUAGAGAGCACAUAUUGGUUGUACAAAGCUACCAGAGAUCCUAGAUAUCUUGAUGUUGGACGGGACAUAGUUGCUAGUUUACAGUAUGGUGCCCGAUGCACUUGUGGAUAUUGUCACAUUUCAGAUGUUGAAUCUCACAAUCAGGAAGAUCACAUGGAGAGCUUCUUCCUCGCUGAGACGGUCAAGUAUCUGUGGCUUCUAUUUGAUUUGGCUGUGGGUCCUGAUAACAUUGUGGAAAACGGGCCAUACAAGUACAUCUUCAGCACUGAAGGCCAUUUACUGCCAGCUACUCCUCAAAUCUCUCUUGUAAAGGAACAUUGUCUGUAUUAUGGGUCUUAUUGUAGAAUGAAUGAUGUAAGACAAGGAUCUUUUAGCUCAGAGGUUGAAAAUGAUCUACAAGAAUCCAAUGACAGUAAAAUCCAUGGAAGCGAGACUCAUGCUGAGCAUAUGUCAGAUUAUAAUACUUUUGAAUCAACUUCUAUUUCAGGUUUGAUCAAGGGUUUUUGCCCAGGAUUAACCCAUGGUCAGAAGUUUGGUAUAUCAUAUGUGCAUCCACCUGAUCAGCGUGAUUAUGAGACUGUCCAACAGAAAGAACCAGCAGUUGUACAAAGCCAGGCAGUUUUGGUUAUCCCAAGCCAAAGUGCCGACCAUUUGCCACCCGACCAUAAUAGUUACAAAGAUGAUAAUCAGACUCAUGAAUCAGAUGUAUCUAAUGAACAGAAUGAUAAUCAGACUCAUGAAUCAGAUAUAUCUACCUGA